UACCGGGAAGAGUUUCUGAUGUCGGGGAACGGAGCUGUGUGGGGGCGCGUGCGAAGCCGCCUCCGCUCCUUCCCCGAGUGCCUGGCGGCCUGUGGGGCCGAGGCCGCGGCCUACGGCAGGUGCGUGCAGGCGACCACGGGCCCGGGCGGCCACCUGAGGAAGGACCUCUGCGCGCAGGAGUUCGAGGCCCUGCGGAGCUGCUUCGCCGCUGCGGCCAAGAGGACCCUGAAGGGAGGCCAUUAGGAAAGGCCGAGGGUGCAAAGCCAGGCACCUGGUACUGACGGCCCAAGGGCCAUGCACCUUGAAACAACCAAAGCUCUUAGGGCCAAAAGGACUGAACCCAUUGGGAGGAGCCUCGGACAGAGGGAGUGGGCUCCAGCAUCGUGCACACAAGAGUGUGUGUUAGAAAGAGCUACAGGGAACCAGCAACAAAACCCACGCAGGUCACACAGGGCUCAUUUCUGUGCACAGGUGUGCACGUGGGCCUCGCCUGGCCCUAAAGAACCUGAGUGUGGGCUGCCGGACAUGCUGCCUCCAGAUUCUCAUUUUUUAAAGAAUUUUCACCAAUAAAAUGUUAUCUGAAUG